AUGGACGAGGACGUGACGGGCGCGCAGCUUCUUGCGGAGUCUUUACGAGCUCAGAAGGUGCAGUUCAUGUUCGGUGUGGUUGGUGUUCCUAUUAUAGAGGUGGCGAUGGCUGCUCAGGCUGCAGGGAUCAGAUAUGUGGGCAUGAGGAACGAGCAAGCGGCCUGUUAUGCUGCAUCUGCCAUUGGAUAUCUGACUGGAAGACCCGGUGCCUGUCUGGUGGUGUCUGGUCCAGGACUCAUCCAUGCCCUUGGUGGAAUGGCCAACGCCAAUGAAAACUGUUGGCCUGUGGUUGUUGUUGGAGGGUCCUCUGACAGAAACCAAGAAACAGCAGGGGCUUUUCAAGAAUUCCCACAGGUGGAGUCAUGUCGGCUUUAUAGCAAGUUCUCCGCUCGACCCAGCAGCCUGGAAGCCAUACCUUCAGUUAUCGAAAAGGCCGUCCGCACUUCCAUAUAUGGGCGUCCAGGAGCUUGUUAUGUUGACAUAACGGGUGACAUGGUGAACUCAAAAGUAAACAGAGGCGAGAUCAGAGCUGUACCCUGCUGCCCGCCUCCUCCUGUCAGUAUGGCUGCUACUGCUGCUGUUUCUGAAGCUGCCUCUGUGUUGAAAGCCUCCAAAAGACCGUUAAUCAUCAUUGGAAAAGGAGCGGCUUAUGCGCGAGCCGAAGCUGUCCUCAAGGAGUUUGUGGAAGAGAGUGGUCUGCCCUUUCUGCCCACUCCAAUGGGGAAAGGAGUCCUGCCUGAUGACCACCCCAACUGUGUGGCAGCGGCUCGCUCAAGAGCCUUACUGCAGGCCGAUGUUGUCCUUCUACUUGGAGCAAGACUUAACUGGAUUUUACAUUUUGGCCGACCACCAAGAUUUGAUCCUAAUGUCAAAAUUAUUCAGGUUGACCUUUGUCCAGAAGAAAUGGGGAACAAUGUGAGGCCUGCUGCUGCUCUGUUGGGUGAUAUUAGCGCUGUAGUCUCUCAGUUGUCCCAAAACCUGAAGAACGAAGGCUGGAAAUACUGUCCUGAUUCUGAGUGGUGGAGCACUCUCAAGGCAAAGAUCAGCGCCAAUACCAAAAUAUCACAGUCCCUCGCUCUUCAGUCAACUCUGCCCAUGAAUUACUACACAGUUUUCCGACACGUCUCUGAGCUCCUGCCGCACGACUGCAUCAUCGUCAGUGAAGGAGCAAACACAAUGGACAUAGGACGCACCAUGUUGAACAACUACUUACCAAGACACAGGUUAGACGCUGGAACAUUUGGAACUAUGGGGGUAGGCCUUGGUUUUGCUAUUGCAGCUGCUGUUAUGGAGAAGACCAAGGUCAACGCGCAGAGAGUGAUCUGUGUGGAAGGAGACAGCGCUUUCGGUUUCUCGGGGAUGGAGGUGGAGACCAUGUGCAGGUAUAAUCUGCCCAUUAUUAUUAUAGUGGUGAAUAAUAAUGGCAUAUACAGCGGAGUGGAUCCUGAAACAUGGAAGGAAAUGGCCAAGCUUGGAGACCUGACUACUGUAGCACCACCGGUCACGCUGCUCCCUGAGGCGCGAUACGAUGAGGUCAUGGCGGCCUUCGGAGGGCGUGGCUUCCUGGUCAGGACCGUGGAGGAGCUGCGGAGCGCCGUGGAGCUGAGUCUGCGAGAGGAGAGGCCCUGUCUGCUCAACGUGCUCAUCGACCCCGCCUCGGACAGGAAGCAACAGGAGUUUCCUUGGCUCACACGCUCCAACCUCUAG